ACCCCCGCCCACAGGCCCAUAAAAAAACUCGUCGGUGUCGGCGUCCUCACAUCAAACCGCGCUCAAUCUCAAUCUCACCGUGGACUCGCCGCCAAACACGAACUGGCAGGCGGCAGGUGCCCAGCCACGUUAGCCAGAUCCUCCUGCAAAGAACAGAAAUCCCCCGGUUAUUUCCCACUCCGCUCCACUCGUCCGAACCACGCCGCGCAAGCCAGCUGCAUCCUCGGCCGGCAUGGCCCGCCUCGGCCUCCGGCGCUUUCCGCCGCUGAUGCUCCUCCUCCUCCUCGGCCUCUUCCUCGACGCGGCGGCCGCGGCGGGGAAGGGAAAGAGGACGGGCGGCGACGGCGGCGGCAGGCUGCGGUUCCGGCGGGAGAGCGGCACGUUCAAGGUGCUGCAGGUGGCGGACAUGCACUACGGGGACGGGCGGAGCACCGGGUGCGAGGACGUGCUGCCCGAGCAGGUCCCCGGCUGCUCCGACCUCAGCACCACCGCCUUCCUCUACCGCCUCCUCCGCGCCGAGGACCCCGACCUCGUCGUCUUCACCGGCGAUAACAUUUUUGGCGCGGAUUCAACCGAUGCGGCCAAGUCGAUGGAUGCAGCCAUCGCCCCGGCAAUCGCCAUGAACAUUCCCUGGGCUGCUGUGCUCGGUAACCAUGACCAGGAGGGCACCCUGUCGCGGGAGGGCGUGAUGCGCCACCUUGUAGGCAUGAAGAACACCCUGUCACGCUUCAACCCUGAAGGAGUAGAGAUCGACGGCUACGGAAAUUAUAACCUGGAAGUUGCUGGGGUCGAAGGAACACAGGUGGCUAACAAAUCAGUGCUCAACCUGUAUUUUCUCGACAGUGGUGACCAUUCUACUGUAUGGUGGAUCCCUGGUUAUGGUUGGAUCAAGGCUUCACAGCAAGCUUGGUUCAAGCAAACCUCUUUGAGUCUGCAGACAAACUACAGGAAUGAAGAACCCAGGCAGAAGGAGCCAGCACCUGCUCUUGCAUACUUCCACAUUCCAUUGCCGGAGUUCAGAAGCUUCACAGCAUCCGAUUUCACAGGAGUGAAGCAGGAGAGUAUCAGCUCGCCAUCAAUCAACUCCGGUUUCUUUACCAUGAUGGUGGAAGCCGGAGAUGUGAAGGCUGCCUUCAUAGGACAUGAUCACAUAAAUGACUUCUGCGGGAAGCUCACCGGUAUUCAGCUCUGCUAUGCCGGUGGGUUAGGUUACCAUGCGUACGGGAAGGCGGGGUGGUCCAGGAGAGCAAGAGUGGUGUCUAUGCAGCUUGAGAAGACAGUGAGUGGCGAGUGGCAAGGCGUGAAGUCUAUCAAGACAUGGUAGAGGCUUGAUGAUCAACACCUCACCACAAUCGACUCCGAGGUCCUGUGGAACAGAGGCUCUAAUGGCAAGACGCUCACACAUGCAUGAGCAUGGUGCUAUGGAAUAGAGGCUUGAUAACAGUACUAACACUAGUGCUCCCUCCGUCUGCAAAUACUUGUCAUCAAAAUGGAUGAAAGGAGAUGUAUCUAGACGUAUUUUAGUUCUAGAUACACCCCUUUUUAUUCAUUUUGAUGACAAGUAUUUUCGGACGGAGGGAGUAUUAGACAGAGUGAACAUGAUAAUAACAUGGUCCACUCUCUUGUAGUAGUAGAUAAUAGUAGUAUGAAAUUACUGUACUGAUCGAAGGGGCGUAUGUUUUCAGAACCACAACUUAUCUAAAGUGUUGCUGAUUGUCAUUGUCAGGAAGGCGCAGGAAGGAUCAUGACAGAAGCUGAGUUCAGGAUUGGGGACAGCGAGUGAGUGAUGCGUCCUACCUCUGCUCGUCAUGUGUGCUGGUGGUGCUUAGCUUAUUACGAAAUUAGCAACCGUGUAAACGAAAACAGAUGGUAUGCUUCAUGUAUACGCAGGUUCGUAGCAUUGUAAUUGUUCGCAUAUAAAGAAAGAAAAAGGUGAACCAUUAUUUGAUUUUUCUUUUCUUUUUGAGCGGGUGAACCAUGAUUUGAUGUAGUAUCAAAUGUCACUCUCUGCAAAUGGGCUUGGGUGUCGAAAGAAAAUUUGUGCA